AGAGAGAGAGAGAGGGAUGGGGGCCGAUAAGAAGAGAGCGAGAUUAAGGGUAUUAAAAGGCUGACACCAGCAUCUGUUUUACUGAGUGGAGGGUGGAAAGAGGAGGAGAGGGAGGAGAGUGUUGAAUGGAGGGCAGACUGAUUCAGCAACAGAGCCUGAAGAUAGGGCUGUACUGGGAUACAGGCGGGCAGGAGCCAUAAGGACACACCUAUGUCCAGGGUGACUUCUGAGUGACCCCUCAGUGACCCCACAGAGCCCUGUCAGCCUAUCAGCAGAGAGCAUCUUUCGGACCUUGACCUCUCCAGUGCUACCGACAUCUGAUUGUUGAAUCCUGACCACAAGCAAAUCACUAAAGGAGUACAAGAUUAACGCAAUGACGCAGGAGGAGAAUUCAAAAGUGAAUCUCUUCUCAAAGUUUUGGAACGAAAGUACCAAAAGUUAAGCUCCUCCCCCCAAGCAAACGAGGGGGUCUGUCUGGAGGCUAAACCCCUCCCACUGGAACACGGGGCGUGUCUGGUGGUUAAGCCCCUCCCCGAAGGGUGGUGCGGACGGAGGGGCUUGGCCUGGUGCUGGGGGAGUGGCCUGAUGGAAAAACACCAACCGUCCCCAGAGAGCAGCAGUGAGGAAUGCACCGUCCUGGAAGCCCCGCCCCCCGACCCCAACGGCUGCCUGCUCCACACUGGAAAGGUGGUGGAGCUGUACUGCAGUGAGUGCUCCUGUGCGGUGUGUGACGACUGUAUUAGUGGGGACCAUGAGGGGCACUCGACCGCCCCCAUCGGGCCGGCCCUGGAACUGCAGCGCACCGCCCUUAAGGACAGACUGGAGUCAGCCAAGACAAGACUCCCUCAGAUCUCAGACACGCUGUCGUUGGUUAAGGAGAUCCUGCAGCAGCUGACCAAUCAGAGGACGUCCAUCGAGGAGGACAUCCAGUCCAGCUUUGAGGAUCUUCACAAACAGCUGGACGUCAGGAAGAGCGUCCUGAUGAUGGAGCUGGAGGUCACCUACGGCCUGAAACAGAAGGUGCUGCAGGCCCAGGUGGACAGCCUGUUGCGGGGGGAGGGGGACAUCCAGGACAGCUGUACCCAGACAGAGGAGACCUUGGCUGGGGAGGCCUGCGCCGCGAGCCUGCAGGCUGAGCAAGGCCUGGCGGAGCGGCUGGAAGAGUUGACCAAUCAGGGCCUGCCGUGUCACCCGGAGGAGAACGACCAGCUGGACCUUAUCCUGGAGACAGAUGGCCUGAGGAAGUCCAUCCACAACCUGGGGGCAGUUGUGAGCACCAGUGCGGUGGCGAGCCAGAGUGAGGCUAUGGGAGCAGGUCUGGAGCAGUGCAUUGUGGGACAGCCGGCCUCUGUUACCAUAGUGACCAGAGACAAAUCAGGAGGAGCAUGCAGAAGUGGCAAUGCACUACUCUCAGCGGAGGUAUUCACCCCAGACGGCAGCAUGGUGGACGGUGAUAUCCUGGACCAUAAGAACGGGACGUAUGAGUUUAUUUACACACUGCCCAAGGAAGGACACUUCUCAUUGGCUCUCCGGCUCUAUGACCAACACAUCAAAGGAAGUCCCUUCAAACUGACCGUCAGAAGACCAUGUGACAUAGACCCUGACGUGUCCUCCCCUCCCACCACCACAGCUACCAGCUCGGCGGCCAACGCCACCCCAUCCACAGGCUCCUCCGAGGGGGCCAAGCGCCGAGGAAAGUCCCCUGCUCAGAAGAAGAAGGCCUCCAAGAGAGCAAGCAGCGCACUGGGCACGCCCAGACGCAAAACACACAACCCUAUAGAGGAUGACCUCAUCUUUAGGAUAGGGUCCAAGGGGAGGAACAGAGGAGAGUUUACUAACCUUCAGGGCGUUGCAGCUUCCUCCACUGGGAAAAUACUGAUCGCUGACAGCAACAACCAGUGUGUUCAGAUUUUCUCCAACGAAGGAGAGUUUAAGAGCCGGUUUGGGGUCAGAGGUCGGUCGCCAGGGCAACUGCAGCGUCCUACAGGCGUGGCGGUGCACCCCAGCGGUGACAUCAUCAUCGCCGACUACGACAACAAGUGGGUCAGCAUCUUCACCAGCGACGGCAAGUUCAAGGCCAAGCUGGGCUCCAGCAGGCUGAUGGGGCCCAAGGGCGUGACGGUGGAUCAUAAUGGUCACGUGAUCGUCGUAGACAACAAGUCCUGCACCGUCUUCAUCUUCCAGCCCACCGGGAAGCUCAUCUCCAAGUUUGGUAGCCGUGGCAACGGGGACAAGCAGUUUGCAGGUCCCCACUUUGCUGCUGUCAACAACAACAAUGAGAUCAUCGUGACGGACUUCCACAACCACUCCGUCAAGGUGUUUACACCGGACGGGGAGCUGGUCCUGAAGUUCGGGUCGAACGGCGAGGGGAACGGGCAGUUCAACGCUCCAACCGGCGUCGCCGUGGAUGCCAACGGAAACAUCAUAGUGGCGGACUGGGGCAACAGCAGAAUACAAGUGUUCGACGGGAGCGGCUCCUUCCUGUCCUACAUCAACACGUCUGCGGACCCCCUGUACGGCCCCCAGGGCCUGGCCCUCACCUCCGCCGGCCACGUGGUGGUCGCCGACUCUGGGAACCACUGCUUCAAAGUCUACCGCUACCUGCAGUAGAACUGAGACGGAGGGGGGGAGUCGGAGGGAGAGAGGGAGGGAAGGAGGGAGCCGGAGGGAGGGA